UACCCGUAUGUCGCGACUGUCUAAACACAUGGACUCUGUACAUGAAGUGUCAUGUGACAAGGCAAGUAGUGAGGAACAAGAGCAAGAGCUACAGUCAAAAUGUGAAACAAUGAAGACUAGCAGCUGCUCGCCUCGCGUUUACGUGACGCGUACGACGACGUUCAGUGCAGCUCACGUUCUACACAGCAACAAACUGACAGAGAAAGAGAACAAGGAGAUCUUCGGAAAGUGUAAUAAUCCCAAUGGUCACGGACACAACUACAAGGUGGAAGUGACGGUGUUUGACGCAGUCAAUCCUAUCACUGGAAUGGUCAUCAAUCUGACUGACUUGAAAUGUUACAUGGACAGUGCAGUCAUGAAUGUUUUAGACCACAAGAACAUCAGUCUCGAUGUGCCUUACUUUAGAGACGGUGUAGUGAGCACUGUUGAAAAUAUCGCAGUUUUCAUUUGGCAUCAAAUGAAAGCAUACGUUGGUGAUAGUUUGUUUGAAGUCAAAGUGUAUGAAACUGAUAAGAAUAUUGCAACAUAUAGAGGCGAAUAGGGUAUAAGAAAUUAUUACGAAUCAGCCCCUGCUUAGCUUAGAAUGAGUGUAUGUGUAAAAGUAACUUGUACACGUAUCUAGGCAAUAAUGAUAUCUAAAACUAUUCAUUGUGUUGUAAUUAUUGUUAAUAUUCUUG